ACUUCUAUUGUGGUAUACCAAAAUCAAUUUGUUUGCAAAUCCGGACAAGUGCCGCUUUUAACGUCAUUUAGUUCAGCGAUUUAUUGCAACGGCCGAUAAGCGCCAUGAAUCAUCUACCACAAAAGCCGAUAUAUAUCUGUUUGCCCAACCAGCGCUGCAGUACGGGAUCACGUGACAAACAAAAUGGCAGCGCGCACGGACUCACUCAGUGUUGUUAUCCACGCAUGAGUAAUUUGGAAGCUAGUGGUUUCUGCUACAGCAAUGGAGGCCAGCGCUGAAAUGGACGAGCCAGUAGUUUUAUCGACACAAGGGCGUAAAAAAAAGCGCAUGCCAGAGGGGUCUGCACGAACUUUGGCCAAAAAAGCUCGACACAGCGGCGACGGUAAACUCCAAACAAUCGCAUGUGCGCACAACAACAACGCUAUGUGUGUCGCUUCUACCCUGUCUCCUGAGGAUUUGGCGUAUAUGAGGGGACAGUUUUAUUUGACUCAGGAUAAAGUCAAACAGGAUGCAACAUUGCUGUCUUACAUGGAUAUACAAACUUGUAAUCGAAGACGGACAAAGGUGACAGAUACAGACAAACAAAAACAGCGAGAGGUGUCUGUUAAAUACUACCUCCUAAAAGCCAGCAAAGAACGGAUCAGCGUGUGCAAGGCUUCUUUCUUGAGUAUAUUGUGUGUAAACAAAGACAGAGUGUCACACGUUGCAAAGUACUGGCUGGAAAAUGGUGUGGCGAUGCCCGAGCAAAGAGGAGGUGCGAGAAAUAUGGAACAAAAGUUGGAGAAAAAGAGAGCCAUCCAGGAUCACAUCCAAACAUUUACGUGUCGGGCGAGUCACUAUGCUCGACGUGGGGCACCAGGGCGGAAGUACCUCCCAUCAGAUCUCUGUGUCAAAAAAAUGCAUCAACUCUUUUUGGAUCAGAAUCACCAGCAGUGCUCGUAUGCUCUUUACCACAGUGUGUUUUGCUAUGACUUUGAUUUAGGGUUCGGUCAUCCUGCUAAAGAUGUGUGUAGCGAGUGUGUGAAACUCAAACUCAGACUUAAGGACCCGGAGUUAACUGAAACAGAAAAACGUGAAGAGUUGAUUGAAUUUCUGCUGCGCCGUCGACGUGCCAGGAGUUUUUACGACAUAAUGAACAGCGUUGGUGACACAUUUACAGUGUGUUUUGACAUUAUGGAGAACUUGGUUCUGCCCAAGACACCAAUUGGACAAGCGUAUUAUUCGCGACAACUUUACAUGUACGUGUUUGGUGUAGUUAGACAUCGGGGACCUGGCAUGUCACAGGGUAAAGAUGACAUAAACCUUUAUGUUUGGAUGGAGCAUGAAAAUGGCAAAGGUAGCAAUAUGGUUGCGUCAGCACUGAAUCGUUACUUUUCUACUGUUGUUCACCAAGCAAUCUCUCAGGUACAGCAUUUGCGCCUAUUUUCAGACUCGAGUUAUGGCCAAAACAAAAACAUUAGUGUCCUAACAAUGCUGCUUUCUCUGAAGAAGAGACAGUUUCCUGACCUCACGAUUGAAUAUACUUUUCCAGUUCGGGGUCACAGUUUCUUGCCUGCCGACAGGGCGUUUGGGCAGAUUGAACUGGACAUUCGGGAAAAAAGAAUCUGUGCUCCUGCCGGAGGACUAUAUUGACAUUCUUCAAAGGCACGGCAGAGUCCAUUGCUACACACAGGAUUGGCAUUGCUUUAAUUUUAAGGCCGCUGCAGGUAAACAUUGUCAAUAUAAACGCUCCUUUAAGCUCAGUGAGGCCAAAUCAUUGCUCCUAAGCAAUGACCACCCGGACCAAGUCGGCAUCAAGCAGACAUACAACGGGGAGUACUGCUUCCAUUCCCUGUUGAAACGAGGCAAAAAAUGGGAGCAGUUCACGCCAGCAGAAGCUUCUCCUGUGAACACUGUUAAGCCAGCGAAAAAAACUGAUGUGUUGAAGUUAUUAUUUGAUGUUGGCGCUAGCACGCGUGUCCGUGAGUUUUACACCGCUGCGUUAAACGAUGUUGUCGAGCAUGGAGCUAAUGUCGAUAGCGAUGAUGAGUGAUCUGUUAUCUGCACAGGAGUGUUUUUGAUAGGCAAACCAGGUUGAGCAUUUGUGGUUGUUUUAUUAAUAAAACAUUGUCUUCAUUGCAACACUGUUUGUUUUGUUUUUUCAUUUUGUGCUGAAAAGCACAAGGUAAAUAUGUGAGGUCACAGUUCCAAAAAAGCAUGUCCGGUUAGCAAGUACGAAAAAACAAUGUUCGCAGGGACAGCUAGAUUUAUACGUACCAAGGGAUCGAAACUGUUAAAUAAUGAAGUAAAGAAAUGUGAACAGUUGUUACGAUGAAAUGUGGCUUUCGAUAAAUUUCACGUUCUGUUUUUCUCUCUAUCUUUAUCUUGAAUAUUAUGCGAAAUAACGACCGCAAAGAAAACGAUUUUGGAGAUAUCUGUUUUUGCGACAUAUCAUAAUUUGGAUACAUCUGCUUUUGACGUAAAACCACAUCAAACACUCUUACUUGAAAGCCAUUCAUU